CGGGCAGAUGCUCUACGACUAGACCACGGAGGCGGUCUGAUAAGACGUACGAUAGGAAGCUGACAGUAACACGUAAACCUGAAGAAGGAGCACAGUGGUAUAACCGACAAUUCAAUCGUACCGCGGAUACAAGAAGGAGCACAGUGGUAUAACCGACAAUUCAAUCGUACCGCGGAUACAAGAAGGAGCACAGUGGUAUAACUGACAAUUCAAUCGUACCGCGGAUACAAGAAGGAGCACAGUGGUAUAACUGACAAUUCAAUCGUACCGCGGAUACAAGAAGGAGCACAGUGGUAUAACUGACAAUUCAAUCGUACCGCGGAUACAAGAAGGAGCACAGUGGUAUAACUGACAAUUCAAUCGUACCGCGGAUACAAGAAGGAGCACAGUGGUAUAACUGACAAUUCAAUCGUACCGCGGUUACACGGGAUCACCAUACUGUGCACCUAUACAGGGGAGGUUAUACUGGUCUACCUAACAUGUAGUGUGCGCCUGAUAAAUAUAGCCACGCCGACUCGCAAUGCAACUGGCAAGGGACUGCGUAUGGCUUGUGCAAAUAGAUAGUUUGUUGUAAAAAUGUGAAGUUAACUCUCUCUGUAACAGUGAGUAUACAUUUCAAAGAUGUCUCUGUGUCCUAGUUUACAAGUAUUUGAUGUGUGAAUGGGAGAGAAUUGACAUUGUGACAUACAUAUCAAUUUUACACUGGCAACAGAUGUUCUUUACCUUGUGAUACUUACCGUUAGUCAGCAAUUUGAUCUACAGAUUGCCAUACUACAACAACACAGAUCGGACAAUGAAAUACACGACUCAGUUGGAGGCAUUGCUGCCUUGUGUCAUGAUGACAUUAGUUUUAAAAGUCAGUGUCACAACCUGCACUGUUGCCAAUGUGACGUGUAAUGGAAGCAGUCACGUAGAACAGUUUUACCAGGUGUACAGUCGGAGUAUUGUGUACAAUGGAUCUCAGAUAGUUCACAUGGGUAAAGACGGAAUCCUCGCAGCUGUCCCGAAUACUACAGUCCGAGUGGAGGAUGUUUACAAGAUUGAUGAAAAUAUCAUUACUGCCACCAUCAGAGUAAAUUGUACGGAAGUGACCCAGAUUCAGUGUGAAGUGUUUGGGCUGAAGAGAAACUAUCGAAAUACUACUUUUGUAAACCUUCAGUAUAGGUAUUCACCAGCAAUUGAAUUUCAUGUUGAGCCCACAACGCCCAUCAGAAAAGAUCCAGCACAAGAUAUACACCAGGUCCUGACUUCAAUCACGGUUUACUGUGAAGCUGUUGAAGGCAGCAAGGCACAUGUCUGGCAGUGGGAGAUGAAGAACUCUACACAGGAAAUCCACUGGCUCAGCAUCAAAGAUGGCGUCAGUGAAUCACAACCUCGCCUUGUUUCGUGUGCAUAUCACACGACAAGCCAGCUUACAUAUCUUCCCACUGUUGAAGGUCAACUGCAUUUCCGUUGUUUUCUUGGAAAUAUUGAAGUUGGUAAUGUGCAUACUGAGGUGUUAGAUUUAAAAGGUACAUUCAGCUUCCACCUCUUUCUCACCAGCAUCCUGUUUGUAUACAUCCAAUUUAUCAUCAUUCCGCUCGUCUGGACAUGCUUCCCUAAAGGAUUGAAAAAAAUUAGGCGACCUGAGAGGACCGAUAUACGGAUAUUACGAAGCUGCGUUUCAUUUCUUUGGAGUAUUGCAUUCUUCGUAUACUGGAUCGUCCUAUGUUAUGACUAUGGACGUCAUCCGCUAGCAAACGGAUAUGUGGCAUUUGCGGCAAUAGAAACCUCCAUCCUUUUAACAUAUGCGGUGCUGCGGAGCGUUGUGGUGUACAUCAGGAAGCCCGUUACAGAAAAACGCCAUCUUUACAACGCCCGUGUUGCUUUGUCGUAUGGAGCAGUGCUUUGUCCGUGCAUAUGUUGGACCAUCUUGAGGGUGCAAAGUGAUACAGAGGUGUCCAAAACAGAGAUUGUUUUCUGGGUGAUUGCCGCUCCUUCACUGGUGUUGUCUAUCUACGUUUCACAUGACAGAGAGGGGAAGGACUGGGAAAAAGAAGACUAAUUUCUGCAGUCAUAUAUAUCUCCGUUUGUUCCUCGUUUCACGCCGAACUCAGCAACAUUCCAGCUAUAUGACAGUGGUCUGUAAAUAACUCGUGUAUGGAUCAGACAAUCCAAAGAUUGACAUUAUGAGCGUCGAGCUACGGAACUGGAAUACGAUGACAACCAUAAAGAUAGGACAGUGCCUUGGGACAUUUUGUGAAACUGAUAUAGAGGACGAAUACCAUGUUUUAAUAAUGUGCUUAAGAUAUAUGGAGUCAAGACGGCUGCAUUUGCCAAAUUACUCAUAUGUACAUCAUAGAGUUUUCAAUUCUGUCCACUUAAUGCAAAACCGUCGCAGAAAUGUCAUUUUUCGAUUGGCAAAGUGUGUGUACCAAAUUAUUAAUGAAAGAAUGGAUGAUGAUCAAGAUAUGAAAAUAUUUGUAACUGUGUGUACACUUAGGCAACUAGUGCGGUGGAUGGGUCAGAUUUGUAACUGUGUAUACACUUAGGCAACUAGUGGGGUGGGUGGGUCAGCAUUAGUAGGGGGGCAAGUCUCCAGUCUUGUUUCAGCUGAAAUGUCGAGCCGCGCGUUGUGCGCUUGGGUGUAUGCUGUGUUUAACUUACCAUUUGUAUCUGGCCUGAUAGUCGACAAGCCGGACCAUCCGAUCCUUUCAGUAUCCUUUGACGACAAGCAUGGAUUGCUGAAGACCACUUUCACUCAAGAAAUGUCAUUGUUAUUUAUGUCCGAUACAUAGAGGUUAUCACGCGAGUGUGUUUGGGGAUGGUAAAUAUUCUGCAUUAGGAAUAAACAUUGUAUACAUAAUGUUUAUUUCUUAACA